GGGGUGCUGUCUAGCUUCCGGUUUCUGGGUGAAAUUGACACACAAUGAGGAGUCGGGAUCAACCUCACCGAACGCCGCUGUAAAUAAAAUAGAAUAAGAACCGAAGAUAGGGUAUCAUGGAUAAUCAGUGCACAGUGCAGGUGAAGCUGGAGCUGGGCCAUCGAGCCCAGCUGAGGAAGAAGGUGACGACGGAGGGCUUCACGCACGACUGGAUGGUGUUCGUGCGGGGGCCGGAGAUGGGGGACAUCCAGCACUUCGUGGAGAAGGUUGUGUUCCGGCUGCACGAGAGCUUCCCCAAACCCAAGAGAGUGCGGAAGGAGCCACCGUAUAAAGUGGAGGAGUCUGGGUACGCGGGGUUCCUCAUGCCAAUUGAGGUAUACUUCAAAAAUAAGGAGGAGCCGAAGAAGGUGUGCUUCAACUACGACCUGUUCCUCAACCUGGAGGGGAACCCGCCCGUCAAUCACCUGCGGUGCGAGAAACUCACCUUCAACAACCCCACCAGCGAAUUCAGACACAAGCUGCUCAAAGCUGGAGGGGUUAUGGUGGUCCCCGAGGGCUCGGAGUCCGUGUCCCGGCCCAGCCCCGACUACCCCAUGCUUCCCACAAUCCCGCUGUCCGCCUUCUCCGACCCCAAGAAGACCAAGCACUCCCACGGGUCAAAGGAGACCAGUAAAGACAGCGGUGGCGGUAACAGUAAGGGCCCGCGGCCUCACAAAGUGACCAAGGAGCACCGGGAGCGUCCGCGGAAGUACUCCGAGAGCAAGACCACCGCGUCCAAGGGCGACGGCGACCGCGAGCGCGACGGCGGGAGCAACAGCAGCAAGCCGGCCCGCGACCCGGCCUCUUCCUCCUCCUCCUCGUCCUCCUCGUCCUCCUCCAAGAAGCCCGGGGAGGCCAAGGUGAAGGAGGAGAGCAAGGCCCCGCCCAAGGCCGCCUUCAAGGAGCCCAAGCUCACGCUGAAGGAGGCCAAGAUGGAGGGCAUGUCCCCCAAGGGAGGCGGGGCGGGCGGAGGGGGAGGGGGCGGGGCGGGGGGGGGCCCGCCCGAGUCCAAAGCCCCCAGCAAGCGCCCCCCCGCCGUGGAGUCCCCGAAACCCAGCGUCAAAAAGCCGAAGAAGGGGGCAGGGUCCGAGGGGUCGAAGGUCGCGGGAGGAGGUGGCGGGGCGUUCACCGGCACCUCCCCUCGCAUCUCCUCCUCCUCCUCUUCCUCGGCCCCCCCUGCUGGCGCCGACAAGAAACCGGCCAAGGAGAAGGGCCGCUGGGUCAAGGUCAAGUCCGAGAUGGCCGAGGUGAAGGAGCACAAGAAGCCCCCGGAGUCGGAGGAGUCCAACUCGGAGGACGAGGCCUCGUCCAAAUCUGAGUCGGCCCCCUCCAGCCCCUCCAACUCCAGCAGCAGCUCAGACUCCAGCUCGGACUCGGACUUCGAGCCCACGCAGAAGCAAGGCCAAGGCCCCCUGCGCUCCAUGGUCGAGGACCUGCAGUCGGAGGAGUCCGACGACGACGACAGCAGCUCGGAGGAGGAGACGCACGUCAAGACGAACCCGCCAAACCGCGACUCCCGUAUGAGCCUGGACAGUGAGAGUGACAGCAGUGAUGGUUCCCAUCGGCCUGUUCGAGACCCUCCUCCCCCACCACAGAAACACAACUCCUCCAAUAACAAGAUGUCUGGGAGGAAAAGUCCUGAGCCGUGCAGCAGGUCUGAGAAGAUGCUAAAGAAGGGGUACGACAAGGCCUACACAGAGGAACUGGUGGAACUCCACCGCAGACUGAUGGCUCUGAGAGAGCGCAACAUUCUACAGCAGAUUGUGAAUCUUAUUGAAGAGACCGGCCACUUCAACGUCACCAACACCACCUUUGACUUUGACCUCUUUUCAUUGGACGAGUCAACUGUCCGUAAACUACAGAGCUACCUGGAAGCCACUGCCACGUGACAGGAAGUUCCUGUGGGGGGAAAAGGGGGCGGGGUUUUCUCCUCCUCAUCCCGCCUAUGUGUAGAGCAGGGUGAGUGGGGGAGAAUCUGAGUGGCUAAACUGCCUGGGUGUGUUGGAGAAGAGGAGGUUUUUGGGGGGGGGGGGGCCGGUGGGGUGCCCCUGUCGGGACUCCUCACCUUGGCAGGUGCACCUGGACCGGACCGGACUGGACCGCGAGCGGACUCGUGUUCGGACCUGAGGGUCUGUGUGCUGCACUGUGGAACUCAGCUACUCUCUCUCCCCCCUCCCACUCCGUCCCGCCCCCCCCCACCCCCCAGCCCUCUGCUGCACCCCCCUCUUCUGCUCCCAGCAGGAGUCUAUUUUUUCUGUAAGGAAUAUCCUUCAGACCCCCUGUUUGCAUGUCUGUCUGUUUGUGUGGAGAACGGGGUCAGCGGUGGGCCGAUGUGGGG